UUUUUUUCCCGUCUAUCUCUCUCUCUCUCUCUCGACAAAGCUCCGUCCUCUCUGGUUUCAGAUCACUUAAACUCACGAUCACGAGAGAUUCCACCGGAGAACUUUCUCAUCUGAAAUUCAGAGAUUUUUUUACUGUAAUUCGAGAAUGUCGGCGAACGAGGCGAUCCCUGACGAGUUCCGGUGCAACCGCUCAGACGGGAAGCAAUGGCGGUGCAAGAGACGGGCUUUGGAAGGGAAGAAGCUCUGCGAGACUCACACCUCUCAGCUCACUCUGAAGCGGGACAGGGAGAAAGCUGCUGCUGCUGCUGCUGCUGCGUCGUCGACGAUGAAGCUCGCUAGAUCAAGUAAAGGAGACGAAUCGGCGUCUUCAAAGGAAGGAGGGAUUAUUAGGGAUAGUGAAUUGGGGGAAUCGAAGAAGAGGAAGCGAGAAGCAGAGGAGGCUGAUGAUGACGAAGCGGUGAGGAAGAUGCAGUUGGAUUUGAUAGGGUUGGCGUUGAAGAGAGAAGCUGAGAAGAAGAACAAGAAGAAGAUACCAAAGAAGAUACCAAAGAAGAAGGAGAAGAAGAAGAAGAAAGGGUUUAAUGGUUUUGUUGGGGAAGAGUUAACGAAGGUUCUACCUAAUGGCAUUAUGUCUAUCUCUCCACCUUCUCCCACUACAAGCGAUGUCUCAUCUCCUUGUGACGUUAAAGUAGGACAAGAAGCUAUCUCCAUCACUAGUAGAAGAUUCAGGUCUAAGAACAUUGACCGUUUUCCUUUUCGGAAGAUGCAGGCGGUUCCUUUCAAGGGUAAAUUGGUUAAUGCAAAGAAGAGGUGUCAUUGGUGUGGAACCAGAGGAUCUGAGGACUUGAUUAGCUGUCUGAGUUGUGAACGAAACUUCUUUUGCGUUGAUUGUAUCGAGAAAAGGAACAAGGGAUCAAAAGAAGAAGUUGAGAAAAAAUGCCCUGUAUGCUGUGGAUCAUGUAGGUGCAAGUCUUGCUUAGCCACUCUGUCUGGAGUCACUGAAUGUAAGAAUUCUCGGAAUGUUAGGAAUGAUAUUGACAGGGUUUUGCAUCUACACUAUGCUGUGUGCAUGCUUCUUCCAGUAUUGAAAGGAAUCAACUCAGAAGACAAUGUAGAGGUCGAAAAUGGCACAGAAACGAAAGGGGGAAAUCUAGAUGAACGGCAAUUCCAUAGCUCUGAAUUAACCUCUGAUGAUCAACAACCCUGUUGUGACUCUGCCAUUGUGGAUUCUCAAAAAAAUUGCACCUGCAGCUCCUCUGUUCUUAGGCGGAGUUCUGAUGGAGACAGGAGUCAAGGGAGCUUGUCCAGAAAGGUUGGGUUAGUUAAAUACUCGAAUGGUAUAGAAUCUGGUAAGCCACCCUUAUCUGAUGCUUGGGAUCAAUCUCUAAAAGAAGCUCUAACGGAUUGUAAGCUGAAAGAAGUCAAAGGCCGCAGGAAUAACCUUUCCUUGAGAAGUUUAUACUCUCUGGAGCUGACAAGAAAGUUAGAGACCAGUGCAGAGGAAAUAGUCAGUUGCUAUGAGUUGCCUGAAGUCUUAGAUAGAUACUUGGGAUGCCCAUUUUGUCUUGGAAGAGAAAAGCAAUCUGCUAAUAGUACUGACAGCCAUUUGAAAGAAGCAUCCAGGAGAUGUGAUGACGUGACUGGUAACUUUUUGUACUAUCCCACAGUGAUGGGUUUUCAGCAAAACAAUCUCGAACAUUUUCAGACACACUGGAGCAAAGGGCAUCCUGUUAUAGUUCGUAGUGUGUUAAAGGGAGGCUCAACCCUUAACUGGGAUCCAGUAGCCAUGUUCUGUAGCUAUCUUAGGAACAGCAAUAGAAAAAUCGGCAAUAUAACUGAUUGCAUGGAUUGGUUUGAGGUAGAAGUUGGGGUAAAGCAAGUUUUUCUUGGGUCUUUGAGAGGAAAGGCUGAGACUAAUACUUGUCAAGAGAGACUGAAGCUGGAUGGAUGGCUUUCAUCUUCUCUGUUUAAAGAACAUUUCCCAAACCAUUAUGCUGAAAUACUGAGAGUAUUACCACUUCCUCAUUACAUGGAUCCGAGGUGUGGUCUACUAAAUAUGGCUGCCGACCUACCUGACAGUAUCCAGACACCCAAGCUAGGUCCAUGCCUCAGUAUUUCCUACAGGAGUGGUGAGGAUGCAAAGCCUGAUUAUGUGAAGAAGUUAGGUUUUGAAACUUGUGACACGGUCGAUAUCUUGUUGCAUGUCACAGAAACAGAAGUUUCCACAAAACAGAUCUGCAGAAUAAGAAAGCUAAUGAGAAAAAUCGGAAGAGUAAGAUCUAAAACCCCAGGAAAGGUCAAGGAGAGCAGAUUUGGUAGGGGAAACAGACUAGAUAGGAAUGACGCUUCAUAUGUUCAGAUGGAUCUGCCGGACGACUAUUCUAGUUCUGACUCAGAAUCUUCACAACUUUGUUUAGGCAGUGAGUUUCAGGUAGAGGAAAGAGAAAGUUCCAAUGACUCCUGUGUAGACGAAAGCCUAAGCAACUCUUGUGGUGCACAAUGGGAUGUAUUCCGGACGCAAGAUGUUUCUAAACUUCUUGACUAUAUGAACAACCAUUAUCUUGAGCUAGCAUCCAUGGAUUCCACCAAAACAAAAGCAAGUCAUCCAUUACUUGAGCAGAGUUACUACCUUGAUGAGUAUCACAAAGCAAGGCUUAAAGAAGAAUUUGACGUUGAACCAUGGAGUUUUGAUCAAUGUGUUGGGGAAGCAGUCAUCGUCCCUGCUGGAUGUCCAUACCAAAAUAGAAAGAACACGUCUUGCGUAAAUGCGGUCCUGAAUUUUCUUUCACCUGAGCACGUUACUGAAUCUAUCAAACGAGUGGACGAGCUUAAUCAACUUCCCCAGAGCCUCAAAACGAAAGCAAACAAGAUUGAGGUGAAGAAAAUGGCGAUCCAUAAAGUCAGCGAAGCUAUAAAGGAAAUCCGGGAGCGGACAUCUUCAGAUUCAAGCGCUGCAUCGAGAUUUAUAACUAGAACUAGAGGUACCAAAUCUUGAUUCUUGACCAUUGAGCAGGAUGUUAAAAAUAUAUAGAAAUAAACAAACAAGAAAGCAAAAGGGGGGGGGAUUCAUUUGUCAUUUAGAUUGUUGCCGGGUGUUGAAUAAUAAAGAAGCAUUGAUAUUCAACUGAUUCCUUUUCUUAAAACAUUUACACAUUUGAGCUUGCUUUCUACAAGAUCUAAUGAUAUAUACUGCAAUUUACAUGUUACAAAAGUCUGAAAUAUCUUGAUGUUACAACAAUGAAUAA